UACUGCUUCCUAAGCAAUGAUUCGCGUAAUGCACUAAUCUACUCGAAAAAAAUGCAAACUUUCCCUGCCAUAAGGUGCUCCGACCUUUCAUCUCUACCUGGAGCAGCUUUUUUCAUACCCAGGACUCAACUCACUUUUCCCAGUAAAUUGUUCUUCUGCCGCGCUAAAUAUGCUGAAUUGGGUAACGCAGGGUCGCAAAACUUAAUAUUUGCGCCUGCAAAUCCAUUACUUGCGGAAAAGGAAGAAGCCAAGGCUGUAUUGACCUUGUUUUUGAAGAAACGUUGUUUGAGCAAGGUGGUUGCAGCAAGAACUGUUGACAAAUCAGCACUUUUUAUCGAUCACCAUGUUUCAAGGCUUCAUUCUGUUCAUAAAAAUCGGUAUCUGGGAGGUUCAAGGCAAGAGCUUACAACUCUUGAGAUCAGGGAUGCUUUAAAUCCAUACCUUGAAACCCUCUACGAGGAGUUUGGAGACAGUCUGGUAGAUGUAGUUGAAAAUUUUCCAAAUCCAGCCACUGAAGUAAGAUCAACAGAAAAUUUAUCAAUCCCAUCUUUGGAAGAAGAACCAGUUGUGCCAGUUUCAGCCCCUACUACCACCCUCAACUCCAAGAAAUUAAAAGCCUUGGCUAGAUUGAGUGACGACGGUCUCAUUGGGAAGCCGCCUCCACAUAUUGUCUACCUCACAGAACUUGGCAUGGACAUGGAGGUGAUCGAAGAAAUGACACAGAAGUUUCCUAAAUUUGCUUACUACAGUUUGGAUAGGAAUAUUAAACCUUUGGUUGAAUUCCUACUUGAUCUUGGGAUACCCAAAUCCGAUAUCCCCACCAUUCUCAGCAAAGGGCCCCAACUAUGUGGAGUCCGUCAGACGGAAAACUUAAUACGCACAAUGACGUAUUUAAAGAACUUAGGCAUGGACAAGAAACAGUUGACAAAGGCAAUUCGUCGAUUCCCUGCGCUUGUCACUUAUAGCAGGCAGAAGUUGGAAUCAACUAUUGAUCUGCUUUAUGAAUUGGGGCUUCCAGCCGAAAACCUGGGUAAGGUUCUAACGCGUGGCCCGCAGAUCAUAGGUUUGAGUGUGGAGACUCUAAAGGCUAGAUCAAAGUAUUUCCAUUCUAUUGGGGUUCAUGUUGGCAGUCUUCUCCACAGACAUCCGCAAAUUUUUUGUCUAAACAUUGAGACCAAUUUGAAACCUUCCACGGAGUUUUUCUUGGAGGGGGGAUUCAGUACUGCGGAUAUUGCAUCAAUGAUUUUCAAGUUUGGAGUUCUGUAUAAUUUGAGCUUGUCAAACAACAUUAUGCCCAAGUGGGAGUUUUUUUUGACAAUGUGCUACUCGAAAUCUGAGUAGGUUAAAUUUCCUCAGUAUUUUGGGUACAGUUUGGAGCUGAGGAUUAAACCUAGGUAUGCAAUAGUGAGGCAAAUUGGAGUAACGUUUUCUCUGGGUUGGUUACUCUCUCUUUCGGAUAGUGACUUGGAUGAGGUUUUGAAACGAAAAAUGGAGAAACAUGUUGGAUGAAAUGGAUUACUACAAGAUUGCAAGAUUUUUCUGUUCAUCACGGGUGGUUCAACUAGAGGUUUAUGAGGGAAAGCGGUGUAACGUUGAAUCUGAAACGGUUUCUCCAUCUUUCGAAUGGUGAGUUGGAUAAGGUUUGCAGAUCAAAAACAAAACAAAAGAGAAGAAGUGUGAUAUGGUUUCGAAAUGAAAAAUCAAGGAAAAUGUCGACGAAUCUGUUUCGAUUCCAAUCUUUGUCUGUUCGUCACAGGUGAUUCAAUCCCAGUUUUGUUAUGGCCUUGUGUUUAAAAUCCCAGUAAAGUUAAGGGUUAGGCUUUAUCACUGUUGAAUCAUUUAGAACCACAAAAUAUCAGGCGCGGGGCAUAUCGUUGUUUUAUUAUUAUUUCAAGGACCAGAGUGGUUUUAAUGUC